UAGCAACAAGAAACUGAAAGGUGAUGCUCAGACAUAUUGAAUGGUUAAGAGAGCGACAUCAUGGGCGUUAGUAUAGUUCUAGUGCUGGGACUCAGCAUUGCUGUCUGCCAUGGAGCCAAUAUUUCAUUCUAUGGCGGAUCAAUUCAUUACAAAAUAUCAGGGGCCAUACCCGAGGCAAACUCUCAAUGGACAGAGGAGGUACAAUUUAAGUAUCGUGAGAACGGCCGGGAGACGUGUGAGCAGCAGUUGUCCUGGGAGUGUGUGGGCGGCGGCUGUCGCGGCGGUGAAAACCGACAAGGACCAGUGGUACUAACGGACAAGGAUGAGUCUGGACAAAACCUCUGGUGCCAGUCAGAAGGAAACGUCACUAGGAACUUUUCUCGGGAGCAGAACACCCCCUACUCCGAAUUCUACAUCCUGAGUAACUCUGGAUGCUGUUGGGCACCUAAUGUUGACGGAAAGACUAACUGGACAAUGCAGGCAGAUGUGGAUUUGGGAUUACGGAAUGAUUCAAGAACACCAAACACACCUCCUGUCACGACAACUGUCCCAAACCUGCGAGUUCCUCAGAACUGUUUUCUCGGUCUUCCACUCUUGGCCUAUGACCCGGAUGGAGAUGAUGUGAGGUGCUACUUCUCUGUGAACGUCACGCACCCCAACAUUACACUUGACAAGGUCACAUGCACUCUGCACGCCACAAGCCUAUUGUCCAUAGGGGCGCAUGUGUUUGAACUGACGCUGCAGGACCAUCCCACCACAACGACAGCCGUGUCCGGAUACGGCGCAAGUUAUUUUAGGAUUCCCCUGAACGAGUCCUCUGUGGAUAACGUCGGGCCGGCCCCGUUCGGCCGUGUGCCCUUGCAGUUUGCUGUGGAAAUCCAGCCAGCUCUGUCCAACUGCCUGCCUGGCCACAUACGACCACAGUUCUUGACUCCGACACCUUCACACGGAGAUGUCCAACAUGCAGCUGUGGGUGACCUAUACCUGCUUGAAGUCCGUGCAAAAACCACCAAGGCCAAAAUAUUUGACUUCCAGAUCAGCGGCCCUCAAAACAUGACAAAGACAGUGACGGAUGAAGGCUUUGGUGUCUCAAGGCUUGUUCUGGGUUGGACCCCGCAGGAAAGUGACAAGAAACAACACAUUCCCAUCUGUUUUACAGCAGAGACAGAACAGAGCCAGUCAGAAAUGAGAUGUAUUGUCGUGGUGGUGGGAAAAGCUGUCACGCUUACAGGAAAUGCAAAGGUUUCAUGCACACCAAAUGGCAUCACCAUCGUGGUGAGCAAGGCCAGUCUGCCGAAGGUUGAUCUUAACCGGCUGGUGCUGGCCAACCCGUCCUGCUCCCUGACCUCAAACCAAACCCACAUCAUGGGCACUGUGUCACUCAACUCCUGCGGCACAAAGAUUGAGGAUGCAGGUGACUUCCUGGUUUUCAAGAACGAAAUCAACACCUUCGACGCACCCAGCGCGGUCAUCACGCGACGUAACAGCAUCAUCAUUGGCUUCUCCUGCCGGUACCCCAAGGCCGCCAGUGUCCACAACCAGUACCAGCUCUACAACUCCAACUACAUGUUUACAGAGUCCAGCUUUGGCACCUUCGGCUACACCUUUGACACCUUUAAGGACAGUAACUUUAGCAAGAAGGUAGAUCCCAGUUCCUACCCCGUGGAGGUGAAGCUGCUGGACACGCUGUACAUGGGCAUCCAGGCCCAGUCCGAUCUGCCCCAGGUGCAGCUGUUUGUGGAGUCCUGCAAAGCCACGCCGGAUAACGACCCCAAUGAACCUCUGUCCUACUUCUUGAUCAGAGACGGGUGUCUAAAAGAUGAGACGCUCAAGGUUCAUUCAGCUAACCUAACCGAAUUCUACAUCGAGGUUCAGGCUUUUAAGUUCACUGGGAGCUAUGACCAGGUCUAUAUCUCCUGUUCCGUCAUCCUGUGUGAGGUGAGGAACCCCAACUCAAGAUGUGCCCAGGGCUGCGUGAAUCAAGCCUCCCGGAGGCGCAGGCGAGACAUCCAUGAUGGAGAAACAGGCCAACAUUACAUUACCCAGGGUCCUUUCCAUGUGGUGAAGGAGGACCUACCCAGAGAAGACCAGCCUAGUGCUGAUGAGAAGAUCAGUUCAGCGCCUACUGUGCAGUUUCUCAGCUCGGAAAUGGGGACCAAGGUUUUCGCCGGGUUAUUCAUCUUUACUUUGAUGCUUUUGGCUGUGGUCGUGUUCUACUUUGUGAAAAGGCAUAGAGCUGAAGACCGAAUGGCUUUAAUGGCAUCAUAUUAGAGAAAUAUAUUUAAGAGAGGUUCCAGGCACAAUUAAAAUGUACAAACACAAGCUUACUUUUUCAUCUAGUUUUACUGGAUUCAAGAUAUGUUUGACCAGGACCAUUAAAAAUAAAAAUGAUUUGUAAAGAUA